AUUCAGUGAUUCGAAGCGUUUGAAUCAAAACAGUGAAAACACAAACACGUGUGUAAUGACAACUCUUACAAACCAGUAUUUAACAAGUGCAUUAAUGAAAAUGUAAAAUAAUAAAUGUGAUCUGCAAAUACCAGCAGUAUAAAUCAUAAAUACCUAAACUUUCCAGAGUAAAACUCUUGCUGAAGCAACUGAGAUCCACUUUUAUAAAGAUGGCGUUCAUUAAAGAGGAGAUUGAAGACGUGAAGAUCGAAGACAUGAAGAUUGAAGAAGUAUUUAGUCUGAAACAAGAAACUGAGGAACAAACAGAUCUGAUGCCACUGAAAGAGGAGAGUCAAGAUCUCAAUGAUAUGGAAGAAAAAGAUCAAUAUGAGAAACCUGAUCAGUUCAUGACUGGAGAAGAACAUUUUAGCGAUUCAAAGAUUGAAAAGACAUCCUCACAAAACAAAGGAACUAGAAACAUUAAAACCCACAUGAAAGUUCAAACUGGAAAGAGCUCCUUCACUUGCCAAGAGUGUGGAAGAAGUUUCAGUCACAAAAAAACUCUUAACAGACACAUGAACAUUCACACCGGAGUGAAGCCUUUCGCCUGCCAACAGUGUGGAAAGGGAUUUUCUGAUAGAACAAACCUGAACGCCCACAUGAAUGUUCACACUGGAGAGAGACCUUUCACCUGCUCUCAGUGUGGAAAGAGUUUUACACAGAAAAAACACCUUAAUACCCACCUGAGUCUUCACACCGGACGGUGCCCGUACACCUGCAAACAGUGUGGGAAGAGUUUUUCACAAAAAGGAAAUCUUAAGAGUCACAUGAGAACUCACACUGGAGAAAAGCCAUUCGCAUGCGAUCAGUGUGGAAAGAGUUUCACACACACAAAAAACCUUAAAAUCCACAUGCAAUAUCAUACUAUCAGAUUUAAAGAAAACCCUAACCAUGACAUUAGGAAUCACUCAAGAGAGAAGGGUUUUAUAUGUCAUCAGUGUAGAAGGAGUUUCAAAGACAGUAAAUGCCUUAAGAAUCAUGUAAUGACUCACAUUGGAGAGAAGCCCUUCAUGUGCCAUCACUGUGGAAAGAACUGCGCAAACGAAGCGUACCUUGAGAAUCACGUAAGAUUUCACACUGGAGAGAAGCCGUUCACCUGCCCUCAGUGUGGAAAGAGUUUCCCCUACAAAGGAAACCUUAAGAUUCACAUAAGAGUUCACACUGGAGAGAAGCCUUACAAGUGUCUUCAGUGUGAGAAGAGUUUCAUGUAUCACUCAGGCCUGAGACGUCAUUUACAGUCUCAUUCUGGGGAGAAAUUGCAGUGUUCCUCAGUGUGACUACGGGUUUUAGAAACUGAGCCAGAUGCAUUCAUUCUGAAGGAUGUUGAUUCAGUUGUGAUCAGUGUAAUAUUUUUAUUUAUUUUUUUUUUUUUUGCUAUCACACUUAACAGACACAUUUGAAAAGACAAAAUGUGAAACCCUUUUUGUUUGUGUUCCUCAUGAAAGAGCAAAGCACAACAGAACCAUGUGAAAUUAAGGCUCUGUUCACACCACAACUAUAUGUGACCCUGGACCACAAAACCAGUCUAAAGUAUCAUGGGUAUAUUUGUAGCAAUAGCCAACAAUACAUUGUAUGGAUCAAAAUUAUAGAUUUUUCUUUUAUGCCAGAAAUCAUUAGGAUAAUAAGUAAAGAUCAUGUUUUAUGCAGAUUUUUUUUUAAUUUCCUACCAUAAAUAUAUCAGAACUUAAAUUUUGAUUAGUUACCUACAUUGUUAAACACUUAAUGUGGACAACUUUAAAAGUGUUUUUUUUUUUUUUGUUUGUUUGUUUUUUUGCACCAUCAAAAUUCUAGAUUUUCAAAUAGUUGUAUCUUAGCUAAAUCAUGUCCUAUCCUAACAAACCAUAUAUCAAUGAAAAGCUGAAUAAAUGAGAUGUAUAAACUUCAAUUUAGAAAAAAAUUACCCUUAUGACUGAUUUUGCAACUGGGUCACGACUGUGGGCUACAUCUGAUUGUCCACUUUUACGACCACUUCUUUUAUUUGCAUCCUUCACUUUAUACUUCAGAUAAUUUAUGUUACAAAUAAAAGAACAAGUUUAUAAUGAUGCCUACACUGUGUUAUUUGAUUUUUAAUGCUUAGGUAAACAUCUUGUCAGCAGAGCUGGGUAGUAAAUGAUUACAUGUAAUCUGGAUUACGUAAUUACAUACCAAAAAUUAAUUACUCAUAAUCAGACUACAGUUACUUUUUCAUUAUGUGAUUACAUAUUAUUCACACAAUAGCAAUAAGUUACUCAGCAUUUAUUGAUUCUUUGUAAUUCCUUUCUUUAUCUUACAAAAUUUCCUUUCUAAAAUACACACAGAAAGUCCAGUUUUGUAGACAUUCACACAUAGACUAUUGGCUACACAGCAUUUGACCAGUGGAUUUACAAAAAUAAUUUCAGAUUUAAGUGUUUCAAUAUUGCAUCAACUACUGAUGAACACAGUCAUUUUUAUUUGAAUUAUCACUCAGUGGGUCACUUAACCAUGUAUUAUUAUGCUUUA